AUGUUAAAUAAAUUUCGUAUAAACAUUGGUCUUGAAAUUCAUGCCCAGUUAGCAUCAAGAACAAAGUUAUUUUCCCCAGCUCCUGUUCUUGAUGAUGCUCCACCUAAUACAGCUGUAAACAUUUUUGACUGUGCAAUUCCUGGAACUAUGCCUGUUCUUAAUAAAGAAUGUGUUAUGAUGGCAUUAAAAGCAGGUAAAAUUUUAAACUGUGAAAUUCCAAAAUAUUCAAGAUUUGAUAGAAAACAUUAUUUCUAUCCAGAUAUGCCAAUGGGAUUUCAAAUAACACAAAAUGAAAUGCCCAUUGCAAAAAAUGGUUAUUUUGAUUAUUAUCCAUACUCUUCAAUUUAUUCAACUCAAGAAGAAUCUCAAAAUAAUACAAAAUCUCUAAAUAAGGAAAAUGAUUAUUUUAAAAAAAGUCGAGUUAUGAUAAAACAAGUACAAUUAGAAAUUGAUUCUGGAAAAACAAUUGUAGAUUUAAAAAAACAAUGUUUAAUUGAUCUUAAUAGAGCAGGUGUUGGAUUAAUUGAGAUUAUUACAUUACCAACAUUAUCAUCAUCGUUAGAAGCAGUGUCAUUUCUCGAACAGUUACGUAUUUUUUUAAUUCAUAACAAUAUUAGUAAAGGCGAAAUGCACAAAGGACAUUAUCGUGUUGAUGCAAACAUUUCAUUAAUAGAAAAAGAUGCUCCUAUUGAUGUGUUGGGUGAAAGAACAGAAGUAAAAAAUAUUAAUAGUUUUAAAGAUAUUGUUAAAGCUAUAGAUUUUGAAAUAUUACGUCAUGCAAAUAUAUUAAAUAAAGGUGAAAGAAUAAAUUAUGAAACAAGAAAAGUUUGUGAAGAUGGUACAACUGUUCCAUUAAGAGACAAAGAAGGUGAAAUAAUUGAUUAUAGGUUUACUGUUGAACCUAAUUUACCAUUAUUAAAAAUUGAAGAAGGAUUACUUAAUAAUUUAUUAAUAAAUUAUGAAGAUAUUCCUCACUUAAUUUAUAUUAAUAAAUAUGGAAUGAAUCCCAAAGAAGCACUAAAAUUUACGACUAAUCAAAAAAGUAAACAUUUCAUGGAUAUAGCUUUACCUUUAAAUAAUACACCUUUAUCAAAUUUUUUAAAUUGGUAUAAAGAACUUAAAUUUAUUUGUGAUAAAAUUAAAAAGGAAUACCCUUUAAUAAAUGUUACUGAUAUUAAAACAUUUUGUUUUGUUGUAAAUUUAGAAAAUGAAAAUAAAAUAACAAAGCUUACGGCUAUUGAUUUGCUUAAAAAAUGUUUAUUACAAGUUAAGAUAGAUGAAGAAGAAAUUAUUAAAAUAAUUAAAUCUAACAAUCUUUGGAGAAUAAAUAGUGAAGAAGAAAUAAAUUAUCAUAUUGAAAAAGUAUGUAAAAAGGAGAAAAAAUUAUAUGAACAACUUAAGAGUGAAAGAAAAUCAAAACAUUUUAAUAAAUUAAGAAAUAUGAUUUUUAAUGAAUGUAACAAAACUAUUCAAUUAGAGGAUUUAGAAAAGUUUUUACGGAGAAAAUUAGAUUCUUAA